ACCACGAGCUGGAGCCGAGAAGCUGCGGGAGACGCGGGGCUCAGCCCGGCUCAGAGGUGGGAGCGCGGCGGCGGCUCCCCGGGCUUCUUGCCCCCCUGGCCCCGCCGAGCGACCCGGCGCCUGCCAGCCCGAGUGCGGGGCAGGGGAGGGCAGAGUGAAAGGAAAACUAAACGCCAAACAACGCCCAGCGCCUGCCGCCGCCUCGUUUGCUUGUUUUGGUUUGGUGUUGGUAGGGGUUGUUGUUGUUGCGUUUUUUGGUGUUUUGUUUUGGUUUGUUUCUGGAAUUAAUUCGGGGGGAAAAAAUACCGUGGUUUCGGCAAUUUGUGCCGCGUGUGGAGUUGUCUUCCGCACACCCCCGACAAACAAAGGAAAAGGGGGAGGGGGACGGCGUUUCUCAGAAGACAUGCGUUCAGUCAGGAAGAGGUGGACUGUGUGCACGAUAAGUCUCCUCCUCAUCUUCUACAAGACGAAGGAAAUAGCGCGGACCGAGGAGCGCCAGGAGGCACCGCUGGCCGGAGAUGGUGAACUGAGUUUGAGAUCAAUGAUCAAUGGCUCUGAUAAGAUAAUUCAAAAGGGUGGCUCCUCAAUCUUCCAGCAUGCUAUAGAAGGUUGGAAAAUCAAUUCUUCUUUGGUAUUGGAAAUAAGAAAGAACAUUCUUCGAUUCUUGGAUGCGGAAAGAGAUGUCUCAGUGGUCAAAAGCAGCUUCAAGCCAGGAGAUGUAAUCCAUUAUGUACUGGACAGGCGUCGCACCCUAAACAUUUCUCAGGAUCUGUACAACCUUCUCCCUGAAGUUUCCCCAAUGAAGAAUCGCCGAUUUAAAACCUGUGCUGUUGUUGGGAAUUCUGGCAUCCUUCUGGAUAGUGGAUGUGGAAAAGAGAUAGAUAGCCGUGACUUUGUAAUAAGGUGCAAUCUAGCUCCUGUGGUGGAGUUUGCUGCUGAUGUGGGAACUAAAUCUGAUUUUAUUACCAUGAACCCAUCAGUUGUACAAAGAGCAUUUGGAGGCUUUCGGAACGAGAGUGACAGAGAAAAAUUUGUGCAUAGACUAUCCAUGCUGAAUGACAGUGUCCUCUGGAUCCCUGCUUUCAUGGUCAAAGGUGGAGAGAAGCAUGUGGAGUGGGUUAAUGCAUUAAUCCUUAGGAAUAAAUUGAAAGUGCGAACCGCCUAUCCAUCACUGAGACUUAUUCAUGCUGUCAGAGGCUACUGGCUGACGAACAAGGUCCACAUUAAACGACCCAGCACUGGUCUCCUCAUGUAUACUCUUGCCACUAGAUUUUGUGAUGAAAUUCACCUGUAUGGAUUUUGGCCAUUCCCAAAGGAUUUACAUGGAAAACCAGUGAAGUAUCACUAUUAUGAUGAUCUGAAGUAUCGAUACUUUUCUAAUGCCAGUCCUCACAGGAUGCCAUUAGAGUUUAAAACGUUGUAUGUGUUGCAUAACAGAGGAGCACUUAAAUUAACAACAGGGAAAUGCGGACAGAAAUAAAGUACAUGUAAAUUACAGUAAGAAGUACAGAAUACACAUUUCAUCAUAAAUAUGUUCUGAAAUGGUAGUGGGAUCCAAUAAGGAUAUGUCACAGUACCCACUAACCAGCAGAAAAAAGGACUUUUAUGAGAAGUACAUAACCAGCUAUUAUACCUGUAGAGUGCUAUACAACUAAGCUAUCUUGACUGCAAGAGUUCCAGUAAGUGCCACUUUCACUAAGAACUGAGCUUGAAUGUAUACUCAGUAGUGUUUACAGGAGCCACUGACAUAUUCAUCAUGAAUGAAAGAAGAAAAAUAUAGCCUGCUUACUGCUGAUUUGCCACCGUGGUCAGACAGCCCACAGAAGAAAUCCCCAGUGGAUGGAAUAUUUUCUUGACCAAAUAAACCAGGCCUGGAUAGAAAAUGUCACAAUGGAACCAACUAGAUACUGAUGUCCCUAAGAUGAAACAAAUCAGUAAAUGCCUUCAGUCACAGUACUCUUUCUGAUCAUGCCUUUUAACAGUUUUUCUUGCUGUUUCUCUUAUUGCUGUUAGUUGGGUUCGAUUGCUUUUGAGUAUUGGAGCCCUUAAAGGGUUUUGAGAAUGUUAUGAAUAAUUAGAAGUAUAUAUGUUAUGGAAUUGUCUUAGGAAAAAAAUUGAGGGUGGACGGAAGAGUCAAAUAUUUUAUCACUUUUUACUGUGUUGUAUCCUGCUGUCACAUGACCCUUAAUGUCCCAAUUGUUUUCUAGCUACCACUAGUUUCCUCUACAUGGAACCACUCAUAGGUCUUUUUGAUCCAGUUUUAAAGAUAAGUUUGUUCUGUUGUGCUCAUAUUUGAAAACAUACAAGAAGGUGCCUUUAUUUUUGGUACCAAAGAUUACUCCUAUAAAAAAGUUUUCUUUCUUUGAAGAAGUGCUGUAGAUUUAGUAUGAUUUUCCUUUGCUACUGAAGGGAAAACAUGAUUUAUGUAAUUUGAGUUUUUGAAGUAAGCAUCUCAAAACAAAGUCUCUUUACUGACUUUGCAUGUAGAAUUUAAUCAGAAAAAUCUUUAGGAGUAAACUAGUAUUUCAUACAGUCAAAUAUAUAUGAAUAGACAAUUUUUAUUCUUGAUUGAAAGUUAAACACAAAGUCUAAGGGAACUCAGGUGACAUUGGAACACCUCUAAAGAAAAAAUAAUAUAUAUAUACAUAUAUAAAAUUACUUUUAAAAAUUAAAUUUCUAAUAGUGUUGGAUGAUGUGAUGGAUACCUGUUUGUAUCAUCUUAAUGUUCUGGUAUGUAAUUGACUGAAUUAACACAGAGCUCCUUUAUCUCACAGUGAUUUUCCUGAGAAUCAGUUUGUUUAUCAAAAAAAUGAAGAAUUAUUUCACUCUCUUAUUUCAAAAAAGAGAGCAAGAAAUCACAGGAGGCUGGGAAGGGAUGAAGUGUCAGUACAGCAUAUACUAAGAUACAAAACCUGUCUGCAUAUGUUAUAUUUCAGCACUGAGGGAGCAGGUGAAUUAAGAAUGCCAUUGUUUAACCAUUUUCCAGUCAAGCAAGGCUAAAGAGGAGCCAUGCAGAUCCAAUGCAUGGGUAUUAUCUUGUUAUCUUUUAAGCUCUACAUUAGGUCCUCAUCUCCAAAUAUGAUAUUAAUUGUAUCAAUAGAAUUUUGAACUAGCUUGAGCGAUUUCAUAUGUAGCACAACACCUACCAACAUUUGCAGGCUAAAAAUGCAUUUAUUACCAAUUUUUCCUCUUAAGUUCACGUGUAUUUCAUUAUGCAUGAUUAGAGGUCUGUGCUUACGCAAAUUUAGUAACUAAAUCAUUCCCUUGCAGUUUUGCCAAAAGUUGUUGGGAAAUAGUAAGUCAUUCUGCUACAUGUAAGACACAGUAACAUAUUUCCCUAUUGACCAGUCUCUCCUACCUAGGGCAGUUUACUUUAGCUAUAUACUAAGGUUUGGGAUGUUGUCCUAACAUGAUCACUAAAAUUAAAGCAUCACAAAGAACUAAACAGCAACACAGACCAGAAUGUGUUUAAUUUGUUGUUGAUAAGCCAGAGGGUGUAGUUUGUACACUGUGUAAGCUUGCAGUUUAUGACAAGGCUUAUUGAAGGUGGGUAUAUUCCUGUUUUAUUUCUGUUAGAGGUUUGCUGCUGUUGAUCUUUUAAAACUUAAUUUUUAUAUAUUGACAUUAUUUAGAUAAAGAAUUCACAUGUGCCAGUCUCACAGAAGCUCUGAGAAGCAUCUGUUUAGCUUUAUCUUUGGAAAAGCAUCUUUUUCUCUCUAAUGUCAGGCUAUCAACAAAAACAGAAUUGAAUUAAAUUGAAAUAUUAAUUAACAGGUGAAUUUUUUUACCUGAGGGAAGGUUUUAAAACACCAAUUGAUUAUUUCUCUGGAAGCAAAGUAGAUGGAGACACUCUUACUCCUAUUGUAGUAGAAAAAAAAUUACUUGUGUAAUUGAAUAAUAACAAUGAGACAUAAAUUGUCUAAGUUUGUCCUUAGAAAUCAGCAGUUGAAGAAAAAUUUGGCCUGAGCCUGUUUUGCAAGGUUCACUUUCUGUAAGUGAAGUUAAUUUUAGUACACAAGCUACAUACAAGGGCAGAGUUUUUCUGACAUAGUUUGGCACAAGACAAAACAGUAGCCCCUACUUUCUAGGCAACAGGGUUUGUCCAUACCUCCUCAAAACAGAGCCUUAACCUCAUCUCCUGCAGGCUUUCCAUUUUCAAUAUUGCACACUUCUGGCACCAUGAGCCAUGGUCUUAUGGCUCCCUUCUGUCAUCCACAAUUAUCUUUCCCAUAGCACUCUCCCCUCAAACUGACACCCAGGGGUGUUUCCCUACCAAAAGCAUAGGACUCCUCACUAACCUGUGUCCUGUCUCACCUGGCUCAGCUUCAUCCUGAGCUGAGGUGUAAUGUAGUGAGUGAUAGGUUUCAAACCAUAUUCUGAGGCAAGUAGCAGUUGUAGUCUUUGGUGAUGCAAUUUAUUAGCAAACACUAGAAGCCAUUUUACUCUAUUGCUCAUGUGUAAGAUCUGUGUGCAUGUGGCACCCAAAGCUUCUGAGGCUCCCUGGUGUGCAGUCUGUUGUGCUUAAAAUUAUCUGUUUUGGGGUGUUUUUUAACCAGCAGUUACUGGUUACUUUAGGGUGACCUGAGGGGACAUGCCCAGAGAUUUUCCUCAUAGGUUACACAGCCUUGGUUCUUAGCCCUCUCACUGCUGGGAAGCUGUACCAGUGGACUCAUUGCAGACACCCUUUCUCUACUCCCGGCUCUGUGUUGCUCUGAGGCUCCUUCUGCAUUUCUACUGAGGCAGCCCAGGUUGUGAAUGAAAAAAACCAAAUUACUUCCACUGUAUGACUCUUUAUCCCUAUAGCAGACCUGAGACAUUGCUUUAAGGCUUAAUUACUGUAUAGGGACUUUAGAGUGGAAUAAAUUUUAACUUAGGGUCCUUCACUGGGCCACAGUCAACAGCUUAAUCCUCCAUAGCUGCCUUGGAUUAUUUCUGUUGUUUGUAUAGAUUAACACUUCCUGUGCUGCCUGCAGCACAGGUCAGUUAAACAGGUUUAUUAUGAUUACCACAUUUGUCAUUCAGCACUAUGAAGUAGAUGGGAUAAAAAGAAUUGCUAAUUCUGAAAUUAUAUCAGCCCUGUUGAGGAACAACUGAGGAAUGCUCAUCAGUGGAGUGUUCCUCAAAUUUAUCCUCACAUCAUUCAUAUCAAUUGCCAGAUACAGUUCCUGAAAGAAUGUUAAAAAUAAGAACUGGGAGCUACAUCAAGGCAGCAGACUGUAUAUUUUUCUGAAUCUUAUGGCAGCUUUACAUUGGACAACUUGAUUUAAUUCAGAUACAUUACUUGUAAAUUGUUUAUUAGUGUACAUGUUAGUGUUUCUGUGGCAGUCUUUCAUAUUUUAUAAAAAUAAUAGAUAAAUGCGUUUGUUAAGUUUUCAGCUUUGGAAGAGUUCUCUCUUCCACAGCUCUGAGCCACUCUUCAGAUACAAGAUCUGCUAAACCUUUCAAAACUUGGCUGGUUUACACAAGCUGAUGUACAAAAGUGUACACUUCUUUUGUUAAACAAUAUAAUCAAUAUGUGCUUUAGGUUACCACCUUUUCUCUAAUUGUCUGCAAUUUGAAGAAAAACAGGUACCUAAUUUUAGUAUUUCAUCAACGUGCUAAGCACUCCUUACAGUGACUUUCCUGGGAGAGACACAUCCAGGAUUAAAUGGGGAUCUAGAUUAGCAUAUUUCAGGAUAUAACUCUGAAAUUGCACAUUAUUUAUUUUGAAGAGCACUGUUGCUUUGUGUUGGGAAUAGCACAAUUAUUCUAAUUGUAGAUAAAAUAAAGUGUUUACAGAGACCUUAAUUCCUGCACAGUACUGUUGCUACUGAUCAUAUGUAAUACGAUUUCAGUGUUUUAAAGUACUGAUAUAUAUUUUGUCAGGAUUGUUAUGUUUGACACUUUUAAUAUUAUUUCAAGUACAGCUACGGGGAUUGGGUUUUUAUUUGUAUACUGAAAAAUAAAUUUUUUUAAUUUUUUCUUCUA